AUGCGCUUAAAUUGCAAAUAUAAUUGCAAAUAUAAUUGUAAAUAUAAUUAUAAAUAUAAUUGCAAAUAUAAUUGCAAACAUGGCUACUUAAAAGACUGCCAUAACUGCCUAGACUUAGCAGCUGCACUGCAGGAGCUGCUAGAGAGCCACCUAACUGCUGCUAGCUUAGUUACUAGCUAUACUAUGCUUAAGGAGAAGGGCGACCACCCUGCUAUAGUAGGAGAGGAUGGCUUUACAGCCCUUAACCCUUGCCUAGUUAGCGAUCCUGACUAA